AUGAAUGAAAAAACAUCCGUUCGAAUUCAACAAUGGGUUCGUUCAAGUACAUUUCUUCAAUCAAUAAAAACCAAUCAUAAAAUUAUUAAACAAGUAAAACAUUAUCAACAAAUUGAAUCAAGCAUUUCGAACAAUUCUUCAAAUAUUAUUGAAUCACAACAAAAUCGCUUUCAACCUAUUCAAGAUCAAAUUAUUAAACAUUUGAAUGGAUGGCAUUGUCUACAAAUAUUAUAUCAUCGUUCAUGUUACUAUACUUUAGGCAUGAAUUUAUGUCAAGUCAUUCGUUCUUUUAUGAGUAAUUCACAAGAAAUGCUUAUUUUAUCAAUUUAUAUCGAACCAUUUCUCAAACAACAAUUCACAAAUAAAGUAAUAAAUUAG